GGAGCAACACAAGUGUCAGAGCAGAGUGACAGCGGGCAGCACCAGUACUCCCUGCAAUACACCCUGCACUACUCCCUGCACUACUCCCUGCACUACUCCCUGCAAUACUCCCUGCACUACUCCCAGUGCCAGCUCCCUGCCGGAGCAGCAUGAUAUGCAGGCAGAGAAGGCAUCGCCAGAGGCGCUAGGAGAUACAGACACUGCUGGUGGCACUCCAAUGAUGCCUGAAGGUAGCGCCCCCGCUGUCAGUCCUCAGGGGGUCCUGUAUGCGGAACUGACCCACUACAUUAACGCAGAUGGGCAACACAUUUUCUCCAGAUACUGGAAGCCUUCAGGUUCUCCCCGGGCUCUGAUGUUUAUUGUACACGGUGCUGGGGAACACUGCUGCCGAUACGAUGACCUGGCACAGAUUCUAACCGCUCUGAACUUUGUGGUCUUUUCCCAUGACCAUGUCGGCCAUGGGCAGAGUGAGGGGGAGCGAAUGACCGUCCCUGAUUUCCAUAUCUUUGUAAGAGACGUUAUACAACACUUGGACCUCAUGAAGAAACAAUACCCGGGCCUGCCGCUUUUUAUGUGUGGCCAUUCUAUGGGAGGAGCCAUUGCCAUCCUGACUGCUGAUGAGAGACCGGAUGACUUUUCUGGAUUAAUCCUAAUAUCUCCUUUGGUGUUGCCUAACCCACAAUCUGCAACGUCAUUCAAGGUUUUUGCAGCUAAAAUGCUGAACUACGUCCUUCCAAACCUUUCCCUGGGCAGCAUUGAUCCAAAUUUCGUAUCUCGCAAUAAGAAAGAGGUUGAGGCCUAUACCUCAGACCCACUGGUUUACCACGGAGGAAUGAAGGUUUCCUUUGGUGUGCAGUUGCUAAAUGCUACGUCUCGGGUGGAGAAAGCUCUCCCGCACUUUAAGGUUCCACUCCUGCUGUUUCAUGGAACCUUGGACAAGUUGUGUGAUAUUCGUGGCUCCCAUGUGAUGAUGGACACGAUACAAAGCGAGGAGAAGACACUAAAGGUAUAUGAAGGAGCUUUCCAUGCUUUGCACAAAGAGCUGCCAGAGGUUACCUCUAAUGUAUUCCAAGAGAUUGAGGGCUGGCUUCAGCAAAGAUUGGGGGGCACAGGAUCCAGCAACAUGGUGCAGCAAGCCUCCAGCACAUAGGAUAAUCAGACUUCUCACAGAAGAUCCUCCACCCAAAACAACUUCUCCUCCUCAGACAAGCCUACUCCAAGCUCGUGUUCAGACGUCAAUAAAGCCACUCCGGAAAUAGUUUACAUUCCUUUUUUAGGACACUUUCAUUUACUUCCAUGUUGAGAAAGCACAAACCGCAUCAACGCCUCGAGUGGGCAUCCCAACCAUCGCAGAAACUGAAGAACAGUGACUGCCUAGGAGACCUCAUCUCUGGAAAUAUUCGAAUCUAGUGGAUUUGGGCAUUACAGUUUGUAGCAAUAAUAUGACAUAAGGUUUCCAGCUUUCACAAGGAAUGAAGAAUUCUUGUAAAUCCUCAUCAGUACCUACUUCUCUGCAUUUGUUCGAAGCCUAGAACUUUGUGCGCGUUCCCAGUGAAAAUGAAAUUCUCCCCCCAGGGAGAGAUAAGCAAUAUGCCACAUGCCUAGGGAACUAUUAAACUUGGGGCAACUCAUCUUGGAAUGGUGAAAGGGGGGUUUGUUAAUAUAAUUCUUGUAAAGCUCAUCUAUAGAAUCCCUUGUAAAUACCCCUUCUCCUUUGGUUUUAAUAACUUUUAUUACAGACACAAUAUAUAUAUAUAAUAUUUAAUAUGUUAAUAUAUCAACAGCCUGAAUGGCACCAGGCAGAGGAAUUGUAGUUUUUUAAAGCAUAUUUCUUAAAACCUUCAGAAAUGUUCAAUCUUGUGGCCUUUUUAGUAACCUUAAGUGUGUGUUCAUCAGAGGUCUUGCCCGGUAAUGGAAACAAAUAUAAUUUUCUUUAGUAAAGGGCUGGCGCUUGUUCAUUGUGCUCUUUGGCUGUGAAACUCUAACAGAAAUCUCCAUGUACAUAAGUGUGGACAACACGCUUGCUGGAUUUAGAGGUGACCCAAUCAAAACCACAAUGUAAUGGAAUUACUCUCCUUGACCCAAUAUAAUUAUAAAACAGAUGUUCAGUUGAUAAAGUCACCUGCAGCCUAUGGUGGUGAAAGUAUCUGUAGGGUUGCUGUAUGAAAUGCAGUUUUCUCAUGCCCACCUAGCCAUGCCCCUGAGUUGCCAAGCCCUGUCCCAAUCCACUGAAACCCUACCUUAACCCGCCCAAACUCUAGCACUUUGGCAUAAAACCAUGCCCCUUUCUGGGCAGCCCAGAGCCCACAGUUGCCUCUGUCCUGCAUAUCAUGCUACUAUGGUGGACCUGCAGCAGAAGGUCAGUUGAUUCAGUGGUGGCUGACCUCUCUUAUCUUAGGUGACAUGAUUUCCUGGAUUACUGCUGCAUUCAGGUCCACCUAGUAAAAUAUCCAGACUCCUUUUUUUCAGUUCAUGACAUUAUGGGUGGGAGGCAACCAGGCUGCAGACAAAACAGUCCAUAAGUACACUUUUCCCAGAUGUCCACACCCCUUAUCUAAUCUGUAUGGUCAAUGAGUUCAGUCUAAAUUGGUGGCCAGACCAUCUAGAACAGUGAUCCCCAACCAGUGGCUCGGGAGCAACAUGUUCCUCACCGCCCCCCCAUAUUUAUAUUUCUGCCUUGGAGACAAGUUUUGGAAGCACAGAGACACAGUUUUACUCCAACCAUUGCCUCCUGCAGGCCAGCAGUCCCCAUGGGGCUACCAAAUAGCCAAUCACAGCCCUUAUUUAACAAACCCUUUUUGUAUUAUUGUGUGGCUCAUCAAUGGUUUUUACAUCUAAAGGUGGCCAUACACGGGCCAAUUGUAGCUGCCGAUUAGAGCGAUUCAGCAGCUUAUCGGCCCGUGUAGGGGCACCAAUGACGGGCCUGCCCGAUCGAUAUCUGGCCGAUUUUAGGCCAGAUAUCGGUUGGGCAGGUUAAAAAAUUCAGUUGGAUUGGGGACUACAUCGGCUCGUUGAUGCGGUCCCCAAACCAACUGCGCCCAUUACAGUCGUUAUAAUUCUAUUAUUGACCGAAUUAGCCUAAAUUCACCCGAUAUCACCCACCCAUAGGUGGAGGAUAUCGGGAGAAGAUCCGCUCGCUUGGCGACCUCGCCAGGCGAGCGGAUCUUUACGUGUAUGGGCACCUUAAGUGUGGCUCACAAAAAAAAAAAGGUUGGGGACAUUGUUGGGCACAUUGUGAGACAGCAAAGACUGGUUUACAGCACUAUAAUAAGUUAAUAAGCAUACAGUGGGGUUUAAAUGAUGAUAGUAUCCCUUUUACGAAAUGGAUAGUAAUGUUUUUGUUCAUGUCGGAGAGCAAUGGCAACGCAGUAUGGAGGUAGCUUUUGUACUAAACUAACUGUUUUCUCUUACAUAAGGAAGUAAAUGAUAUUUUGGUGUUACUGUUAUGUGUCUGGGGCUAUUAAUAUGACUACUGCCUAUCUCAGCAGGUUGGGCAUAGUAUGUUACACGCACAGUAAGAUUUUGGUGCCAAUGUGCAAGCCACAAUCACUACUCCAGCUGCAGCACUUUGUGUGGGAUAGCAGUUGGACUGUCAUUUUGAGAUUCCAAUUGGUAGGAGGCUGAUCAGUACUAACUACACCUUAUUUUCUGGGCUGUGGCCUGGAGUAGUGAAUUCAGUAACUCCCAUAAUCCUUACUAACAACGCCUCUAACAUAGAUCCUGAUAAUAACCAGUGCAAUAACCAGCCAAGUUUUUAAAGAUACAGUUUAGCAUCUAGCUGUCCAAAUUGCUUAGCCCUUAAACCCUCAGUUGCGACUGCAGUAGACUGGAGGUUUUGGAGCUUCUGGGUAAAACUAAGGGAAUAAUAUAUUACAAUAUUUUCAUAUAGGAAUAGCCAAACAUGCAGAAAAGAAUUGUCUGUCCAUGAAACUCCAACUAUUGCCCAGCUAUGGCUCCCAGCAUGCCUCAGCAGUACUUGUACUGGUUUAGCAGCAAGUAAAUAUUGCAAUGUUUAUGAGUCUGUUGAUCUAUGGGAAAUCAUACUCCUUUCAGGGACAACCUUUCCUGCUGGCUGCUGCUUCCUAUUCAUUUGAAUGGGAACCAUGCUCUUAUGGCUACCGGUAACCCUAAAGAGAUUAUUUUUUUCUUUCAGUUCCAGCAAGUCCAGCAAGUAAAAUGCCCCAUAAUCAGUUGUGGCUUUUAGUGUACCAUCGGAUAAGAAGCUGCCUGAAGGUCUAGCACUUUGUAACAGAAAUGCACAAUUUACUAUUACAAUGUAAUGCACAAAGGACAUUGUGUCUCCUUAUGAAUAAAUUCUGACUGUUAGAA